UAUAAAGCUGAGCUAGUGGUAGACGGCUGGCCUAGCGUUAUUUAGCUUCAAUCUGACUGGCAGGCUGACUGCAGCAUAUUGGAGAUAAUAUUAUGUAUAUUAUAUGAUAUAAUGUUCAGUAAAAAUAUUAAAUAUUUGCAUUUUGUGUGUCAUUUAGGUACCUAGGGAAUUUAAUGGAAUUUAUUUGGAUUUUCUAUAUCUUGAUGGAUAAAAGUAGUGAUUACUUUAAUGGUAUAUUUGUGAUAAGAUAACUUUGUAAUAGUUGAUCUAUUUGUUUAACAGUCAUCACAGAGUGGCCUGUGUUUAGUAGUGCAGUUUUAACAAGUAGAUGGAAAGCUGAAAACAGACUAAGCUGAACUAACAUCAUUUGACAAAGCAAAUUUACUCAAAAAGUUCUUUAGUGAAUACUCUACCACACUUGGAUUUUACCUCAAAUAAGUUGGACAUAUAUUUUCGUUGUUACGCAGCUCUUGCUUUUUUCAGUGUGAAAAAGGAAUCACAGACCAAAUUAUAAGCCCUGCAUUGACCAUUUUGUCAACAUACUACCAUGAUUGAACUUCAGACUUCAUGACUGAACAACUGAAGAUGGACAAUAAAAUAAAGUCUGGCUCAUGUCAGGUUGUGGUGAUGUGGGAAGGAUGUGUGGAGGCCCGGUACAGGAGCAUACCUCAGUGAAGUAUGGGUGAGAAGCUCGAGGCCCCGUGUGCCACCCCCAGGUGUCUCCUCUGGUGUGCCAUCAUCUCCCUCUGUCUCGCAGCCCACCAGGCUCCAGAGUUUCCACGAGAGUUUGACUUCAGAUACAUAUCCUAUGAUGACUUGAUAUCAGAGUCACCAGUGUUUAAGAGUGAGGAUAUCGUUGACUACGCAGAGCUGUUGGUGGAUGUGAAACGUAACCAGCUUGUGGUGGGGGCACGGAAUGUACUGUUUCGUCUGGAUCUGGACGAUCUGACCGUUCUACAGGAGGUGUCCGUUGCCCCGACCAGUGAGGAGUAUCGAGAUUGUUUGGCCACCCAGGAAAAGGCAAAGUGUCACAACUUUAUUCGUGUGCUGCUGCUGCACAACUACACACAGACAAACCUUGACUCGACAGAGGAGAGUGCCUUUUAUGUAUGUGGGACCAACGCAUUCAAACCCAUCUGUUCAUGGAGAAAGGUGACUGACCUAUCUGUUGUCCUAGAAAAAGAGGCUGGUCUGGGUAGAUGUCCAUACGAUCCAAGUCACAACUCCACGGCCAUCAUCACGAGUGACGGGGAGAGUUAUGGGGCCACAAAUCUGGGGCCAGAUGAUCGUGACCCCGCUAUUUAUAGGAAAGAGGGACGCCAGUCUAAGGCACUCAGGACAGCGCAGUCCAAUUCAUUGUGGCUAAACGAACCGGAGUUUGUGUCAUCUUACGAAGUUGAUGAUGAGGUGUUCUUCUUUUUCCGAGAGUUUGCCGACGAGUUCAUCAACUGUGGCAAGCGUGUGUAUUCACGUGUGGCUCGUCUCUGCAAGGCUGACCAGGGUCCCAUGUUUGAGCACACGUGGACGACGUUCUUCAAGGCUCGUCUCAACUGCUCCAGGCCCGGAGAGUUCCCCUUCUAUUAUGAUGAGAUACAGAACACUUUUAUGCUGGAAGAGGGUGACCAGAAGCUUCUCUAUGCAGUUUUCAACACACCCAUGAACAGUAUUGCAGGUUCUGCAGUGUGUGUAUUCAACAUGACAGCAUUUAAUUCCUCAUUCAAUGGUCCAUUCAAGUUCCAGGACAAACCUCAGUCCGCCUGGGUCCCUGUUGAACAAACAGAAAAACUUACACAAUGUCCAGAGCGUCGUGAGCAGAGCAAGCGCUCCAAUGAGGUUCUCAAGAUGCAGGAGUCCAAGUUCCAGCUGAUGGACCAGGCCGUACAGCCGGACAUGCUCGGACCUCUUAUACAGGCACAGAACGAACGAUGGACGCAUGUGAUAGUGGAUGAUGUGCUGGCAAAGGCCCCGCUGGAAGGGGGGCUAAAGGUUGUCUCCAUCAAGGUCAUCUUUGUCGCCACAGAUGAUGGGCGUGUCCGGAAACUUGCCCACAUCCCUGGGGCUACGGAGCCUUGCAUGAUUGAGGAGGUGAAAAUCGUGCCCAACGGGGACCACAAACCGGUUAAGGCCAUGAAGCUGGCACCUGAUAAGAUGGCCAUUUAUAUUUCGACACAGCAAACAGUUUUGAAAAUUCCUGUACAUAGAUGUUCUAGGUUUAUUAAUAUUGAUUUAUGUUUGAAUGCGCGAGACCCUUACUGUGGCUGGGACACAGACAAGAAUGAAUGCACAGUCGCGCCGGAGGGUCAGCCAGCUAUUCAUUACUGGAGGCAGGGCCUCACUGGCUGCCCAUUUGUACACCACCCAGUGAAUGGUGUAUGGUCGGAGUGGUCCCUAUGGCAACAGUGUUCCCAGGUAGGGGGAGACACCACAUCUGGAGACUGCCUGUGUCGUUCCAGGUCAUGUGACAACCCUGCCCCUUUCUAUGGGGGUCAGUCUUGCCCUGGGGCCAGUGUUGAGGUCACUAACUGCACAGCCCAUGGUCAGUGGACGGACUGGACUGAGUGGUCAACAUGUUUCCAGUCAUGCGGUUCCACAGCCAUCCGGCGGCGUCACCGCUACUGCAGCAACCCCCCACCACGAUUUGGUGGCAGGGCAUGUGUCGGCAAUGACAACGAGGAUGAGUACUGCCCUGGUAACCCUCCCUGUCCAUUGCCGCCUGUGCAGCGAACGUGGACAAUGUGGGCAGACUGGAGCGAGUGUUCUGCUAACUGUAAUGGGGGAUUCAUGACACGCCGGCGCACAUGCUCUCUGCCGGAGCCCUCGGCAGACAUGAGCAUUCCAUGUAAUGGCAAUAACCAGGAACUCAGAAUGUGCAAUACUAAACCCUGUGAAGAGCUGACUAAACACACUUCAUGGACCCCAUGGGUUAUUACCAACCGCACCCGAGGCGGACAUUUUGAACAGAGACAUCGGUUUACAUGUAAAGCUAAUGUGACAAGCAGUAAUAUGAUUAGAUCAGUGCCAUCAACACCUGAUACAAGAUUUUGUAUUGAUGGCGGACAUUGUCACCAAACAGGUGAGAUUAAAAGCGCUGAAAUAGACACGCACUCACCCAUAGAUCGUGUUCUUAGACAUUACUGCAAGCGUAGAAAACGGAUGUUUAGACACUUCUGUAAGUGUAGAACGCUUGGAAUAUUUUUAAUUUGUCAGAAAUGUGGGUAUGGAUGAAGAAACGGCAUGUGAAAUUAGGAAUUUGUACAAAUUUAGUCUUUCCGGAGUCAAGAGUUACAAAACAUAGUGAAUACUGUUGUAGGUACUGAGAUUAAAAUGGGAAAUCUAAAAUGUGCUUAAAAUAACAAAAAAUGUCCAUUGUCAACUGACUGAGUCACAAGAGUUACAUGUGAUUAGUGUCCAGUGUCAUAGUGUCAAUGUUUGUAUUACAGUCAUUUCAAUAGUGCUGCUUUGAAUCUGGUCAGAGCUGAUUUCCAAAUGCACACACUCACUGUUUAAGGAGGAAGAGAAAGUAUUGAGUGCUUCAUCUGUGGUCAGGCUGUUGUUCAUUCCUCUCUCUUGAGUGCCACAUAAGACUAUUGUUUAGUGUAUUAGGUUAUGAUUUGUAAUUAUGGUACAUGUAGUUACAAGUGUCAGUUUUGACAAAAGCGCCAGUAUAUUGUAGUUGCCACAGAAAUAAGCCUUUUUUAAACGUUAUAUAACUACAUGUUCCUUUUAGACAAAUUAAACAUUUUUUUUUCCAAAUAUUUAUUGAAGUUUAAAAGUUACACAUGUAUGUAUACUACUAACUGUGUGUAGAAAGUCUUGUUUUUGUGGCAAAGACAUUACAUGUUUCACAUGAUUUUCAUUCAUAUCCACUGGAAUAUGUUAUGUUUCAUUUUUUCACCUUCAUUUCAUGAUGAUACCUCACAAGAUGUUUGGGUUAUGAAUCUCCAUACAGUCACAAACAUAAAACGGCAUUGUAUCAAAGAUGUAAUUAUUAUUUCAAUACUUCCUAGAAAGGAAAAAAAUUUUUUUUACGAUACAUGUUUUGUAUUUCUAUGAAGCAAAUGGUAAAAGUACCAAGGAAGGCAUUGAAAGGGUAGUUAUUUCCCAAAUGUUUCUAAAUCUUGCCAGGUAUCAUGUUACUGUGUUUGUUUAUUGGAAUGAUGUAGUUCUAAAGGCACCAGACUUUUCUCAUUUUAUUACACCAGCUCUUUUUCCCUCAACCAUACUUGUACAUUUAUUUCUAUACAGUUUUGUAAGGUUGAGCAUGCUUUUUGUCACAAAUAUUUCUAGUACUCCACAAUCAAAAUCUCUCAACCACCAUACAAAGUAAUGCAGUAUUUUAAAACCAGUAAUAAUAUUUAUGAGAUAUUUAGGUAAUAUCUGAAUAUUUGUGACACUGAAGCAUGUGAUACUGUUGUUCAUUGAGAUUCCUUAUUAAGCAUGGACUUCUUUGCAUCAUUCUUGGAUACUAAACCUGUGAAAAAUGAACAUAUGAAAUUCAUUUUAUACCAUAAAUGAAUCAUUUGCUGGACUUUUCUUGUAAAAAUCUGGGUUAUAUAUUGGUAAAAAAUGAGCAGUAAGCAGAGUUUUUAAACAUGAUUUUUACUGUGUCAUAAACAACAGUUUUAACCCAAUCUUCAUGACACUUGGUCAGAAUAUUUUUCAACAUGAUAUAUAUGACCAGUGUGAUUAUUGGUAAUCUUUGGUUGACAACUAGGUCAAUAAUUCAUAUUUUAAGACGAAACAAUUUGUGUUAUAGUUUUUUAUUCCUUAUUUUACAAAUUCAUCAGUGUCCAUCCCAUCUUCAAGGUACUGAGUCAGAAUAUUUCUCAGCAUAAUAUUUAGGACCAGUGUGAAUAUGGGUCAUUUUAGGGAAUAGGUCAAAUUAAAAAAAAGGAAUGUGCCAUAAAUUCAAUAGUGUUAUCCAAUCUUUAUGAAACUUGGUCAGAGUAUUUGUCAUCAUCAUAUUUGAAGACCAUUGUGAAUUUGGGUCAUCUCUGUGCUCAUCUAAUAUUCAAAAAACUCUCAAAAAACAGGUGUCAUCGAAACCUUCUGGAGUGACUAUAAAGCAAGCUGUGUGGAUUGCCUUAUAAAUGUUCAGCAUCUCAAUUUCAGGUUAGGUAUUUCAAAGUUAUAACAAUACCUACAUAAUGCUCUCUAAUCCAUACAAUGCAAUAAAUGGUAGUGAAAAGCAGCAUUGAUUUUUUCCUUUACAUUCAUUGACAUCCAGCGGCAACAUUGCAUUCGUCAUAAUGAAAAAUACAUCGUAAUUGCUGUUUCCACAUUUAACCCUUGUAUAAACUUUUUUUCAUUCAUUUCCCUAAAUUGUUUUGGCAUACUAGGUUUAAUGUAUGUUUAAACUUAUUGUUCAAACAGUUUUUGUCCUGUAUCAUUAAAUGAAUUCGCUUUUUAUCAUUUUUUUGAUAUUUUGGGAUCAAGAAUGAUAGCAGUGUUUUCCCAUACAUUUUUAGGAGGACAGGUUUUCCUUAGUUCUACAGUACUUUAAUUAUCAUAAAAAAGUGUUAAUUACUUGCAAGGUUAAACUAAGCAAAACAAUGCAUGGUCUUUCAAUAUGUAGCUGUUUGCAAUAUUUACUGUGUCUGUUUCCUGUUUAAACCAAAUUGUUUGUGCAGCAUUUAAGAACAUUGAGAUAGAUAUUUACCUAUUAAGAAACUAAGACUUUUAAAUGGAUUUCACUUUUACGUGUAUGCAUUCAAUGGAUGGGCUGUACUGGAUAAUGCCACCCCAGAGUAGGACGUUUAUGUUGACAUCAUCUCUACCUCUGGUAGCAGCAAAAUGUGACCAGUUUUGGCGCAUUUAUAGGCCUUCUUUGGCUGGGCUUACAUAUCCUUGCAGCCCAUGUUUUUUUCUCUCUCAGAAUGGCAUGAUCGAAUUCCAUCACAUUCAGACAUUGUUAUCACCAUCUAUAUGUAUGAUCAUUCCUUGUGUAUUUUGAUACAAGCCUUUUGACUUACUGUUAUGCUCUUGCUGGGGAAAUAUGGAAAGUGUCAUUUUACUGUUGUUUUUGAAUUGUGAAAUAAGCAAAUUAUCUGUUAAACCAAUAAAUCUACUUACAGUUUAUUACGAGUGCUUACAAAUAUUUUAUAUUGUUUAAACCUCUUUUGUUAUAGAUUUCUACAUUUCUGUGUUGUUUUAGAAUUUUAUUUCUGUAUAUAUGUGUGUAUUUAUUUAAAUUUCUAUUUUUUGUAAAAUGUAUAUAAUAAACUGUAUUGUGCUAGG